AUGGAGUGGGGUGGUUUAAAAAUGAUAAUUAGCACCAUGGAACCUCAGGUGUCAAAUGGCCCUACAUCCAACACACCCAAUGGUCCAUCAAGCAACAGUAGGAACUGCUCUUCACCGAUGCAGACAGGGGCUCCAACAGAUGACAGCAAAACCAACCUCAUAGUCAACUAUCUUCCUCAAAAUAUGACACAAGAAGAAUUCAGAAGUUUGUUUGGGAGCAUUGGUGAAAUUGAAUCAUGCAAACUUGUUCGGGAUAAAAUAACAGGACAAAGUUUAGGAUAUGGUUUCGUGAACUAUGUCGAUCCAAAGGAUGCAGAAAAAGCAAUUAACACUUUAAAUGGACUUAGACUUCAGACCAAAACCAUAAAGGUUUCCUAUGCUCGUCCAAGCUCUGCAUCAAUCCGUGAUGCUAAUCUGUAUGUUAGUGGCCUUCCUAAAUCCAUGACUCAAAAAGAAUUAGAGCAGAUGUUUUCACAAUACGGCCGAAUCAUCACUUCCAGAAUUUUAGUUGACCAAGUCACUGGACAGGCAGGUGUUUCCAGAGGAGUUGGGUUUAUUCGUUUUGACAAAAGGAUAGAAGCAGAGGAAGCAAUCAAAGGAUUGAACGGGCAGAAACCUUCCAGUGCUACAGAACCCAUAACUGUGAAAUUUGCCAAUAAUCCCAGCCAGAAAACAAGCCAAGCAUUACUUUCACAGCUGUAUCAGUCACCUAGCAGACGUUAUCCUGGGCCACUUCAUCACCAAGCUCAGAGGUUCAGACUGGACAAUUUGCUUAAUAUGGCCUAUGGUGUAAAGAGAUUUUCACCCAUCACUAUCGAUGGCAUGACAAGUCUUGUAGGAAUGAAUAUUCCUGGACAUACUGGAACAGGUUGGUGUAUCUUCGUCUACAACCUCUCUCCUGACUCAGAUGAAAGUGUUCUCUGGCAGCUUUUUGGACCAUUUGGGGCAGUAAACAAUGUCAAGGUCAUUCGUGAUUUUAAUACAAACAAAUGCAAGGGAUUUGGGUUUGUCACCAUGACAAACUAUGAUGAGGCAGCCAUGGCAAUUGCAAGCCUGAAUGGAUACCGCUUGGGUGAUAGAGUUCUGCAAGUAUCAUUUAAAACCAACAAAACCCACAAAUCUUGA